UGCGUUUUAUCACGUGACCCACACACGAAUUGGCUCUCAUUAACAGAGCCGCUUCCGGUUUUCGCUACUGUUAUUAUCAUGUAAUAAAAUUUUACUUCGUGACUUCGACAUUUCACUGGGGCUUUCGACAAGCAAACUUUGGCACGCUCAACGCUUGCAUGUCAAUUCCGCGGAGGUCACUUAAGCCCGGCGACUCACCACCGGUAAGGCCUCUCCACUUACCGACAGAGCAUCGCUUUUCUAUCCGCCGUGGGGCGGGUCAAGCUAGGCUACGGAGACAGCAUGAGCCCGGUCCCUCCCUAACUAAGCCGGUGGGUGAUAAACGGCACAAAAAGGAAUGAAUAAUACCGACGGAGAAGCGUCAAGCUUGGAUGUUACUACGCCUGAAGUCUUGUCGUCAUAAUGAACGGCACUGUGCAAAGUGACGCCAAGCGACAGAACCUCUUGGAAAGGUUACUUGAUGCUGUCAAACAGUGCCAAAUCCGCUUUGGAGGCAGAAAAGAGAUUGCAACGGACUCUGACAGCAGGGUCAUCUGUCUUUGCGCCCAGUUUGAGGCGGUGCUGCAGCACGGCUUGAGAAAGAGCCGAGGUCUCGCCCUCACCGCCGCCGCCCUCAAGCAGGCUGCAGGCUUCAGCAGCAAGGCUGAAGCAGAGUUCACCUUCUGGUUUUACGUGAAGGAGCAUCUCAACCGGCACGAGCUACAACGCUUCUAUAGCCUCCGUCAAAUCUCGACCGAGCUGGGCCGGGGUCGGGCCUGGAUGCGCUGUGCUCUUAAUGAGCAUUCAUUGGAACGCUACCUGCACACACUACUCGCUGACCGACCGCGCCUCGGCACUUACUAUGAAGACUGGGCCUUCAUACUUGAUGAAGAGAGAGCCAGUAUGUUGCCUACGAUGGCUGCAGGUUUGAACUCCAUCCUCUUCGCCAUCAACAUAGACAACAACGACCUGAACGGUGGGCCGACAAAAGGCGGCGGCUCCACCAUGACGCACCUCCUCAAAGAGUCCACGCAGGGCAUCGGCAGCCUGUGGAAGGAGUCCACGCAGGGGGUCAGCAGCCUCCUCCGAGAGAUCAGCACCGCCACCUCUGUGGUGCCAGGCUUCAGCCCCAGAGUGGACGGAACCUCGGACCCUCUCCCUGUCCUGCCGCGCAGCACCUCUGCCGAUUCUGGGCUAAGGAAGGAGCGGCGGAGGAAAAAGAAAAUCACCAACAUCAUUUCCUUUGACGACGAUCUGGAGGCAGGGGAUGAGGAGGAGGGCGACAACGAUUUCCCCAAGAUUGGCGGAAUUAGCAAAGUUCAGGCCGAUCCCGUUCAAAGCAGCGUGGAGGAAGGCAUCGAUCUCCUGGAGCCGUCGUUCCAAGAGUCACCUUCUCACAACGGGCUGGAUGACAUCGCUGCGCUGACCUGGGUGGGCUCGCCCCAUCACUCUCGUACGCCACCCUUGCCUACGCCUCCUUUGCCAGACCGAAAGAGCAUAGAUAAUGAGGAGGAAGAUGAAGACGAGGAGGAUGAGGAGGAAAAAUACAAGGGCAGAGCUCAAAUCCAGGAGGAUCAGAGAAGCAAUGACCAGAUGGUGGUUGGAAGUCUGUCCAGCGUGUCCCCGUGGAGCCCAGUGCAGGUACUGAUGGACCGCAGCAGCUCGGACAUCCUCAUCCCCCUCAGUCCCACCACCCCACAGCCAGUCAACUCCGUGGAGGACUCGGCGGCCUUUCCCGCUCAGUGCGCGUCAUCGGGUCCAGUGGAAGACUGCGAUAGCCGCGAAUCGCAGCCGCCACUGAAUACGGAGUCCAGUCCACUGGCGCUGUCGGUUCCGCUCAGUGCUACACUGCCAACAUCUGCUCUGCCAGAGUCCAUGACAGUUGCGGAGCUGCGGCAGGCCAUUGUGGCCAUGAUGAACAGGAAGGAUGAGCUGGAGGAACAAAAUGGGUCUCUUCGUAGUCUGCUGGAUGGGGAAAUGGAGCAUUCAGCGGGUCUGAGGCAGGAGAUUGAGCUGUUGAAGAAAAGGCUGGCUGAGCUGGAAGAGAGACACGCGGCUAAGGUCCAGGCUCUGGCCAGGGAAAAUGAGGUCCUGAAGGUCCAGUUGAAGAAGUAUGUGGGGGCGGUGCAGAUGCUGAAGCGAGAGGGGAGCCAGGGCAAUGACGCGCUGUCGGUAUUGCCGUCGAGCGAAGCGCUCGCCCCUGCCCCUCCGAGUAAAUGCAUGGGCGACAUUGAAGAGUUGGCAGCCAGCUACGAACGUAAACUCAUAGAGGUGGCCGAGAUGCACGGCGAGUUGAUCGAGUUUAAUGAGCGCCUAUAUCGCACCCUCAUGGCCAAGGACCACCUCAUCGGGCAGAUGAGACAGGAACUUAUUGAGUUGAGAGGACCGGUCCCAGGCGAUUUGAGUCAGACGUCAGACGAUCCCAGCCUCUCCGAUUUUGAAACGGCGCAUCGUGCUCUCAUCAACGUGUGGAUCCCUUCCGUGUUCCUGCAGGGCAGAGCUGCUAACGCCUACCACGUCUAUCAGGUCUACAUCCGCAUUCUGGACAAUGAGUGGAAUGUAUAUAGACGCUACACCGAGUUUCGGGAGCUGCACAACCGUCUGAGGUCCCAAUUUCCACAAGUGGACACGUUCAACUUCCCGCCAAAGAAAGCCAUCGGGAACAAGGACGCCAAGUUUGUGGAGGAGAGGCGGAAGCAGCUGCAGUGUUACCUUCGUAUGGUCAUGAACAAAGUGAUCCAGACGCUGCCAGACUUCACCACCCAUCCCACUAAGGAGACCCUGCUGUCACUGCUGCCUUUUUGUCUGGAUGCGCCCCAGACCAACGACAGCGGCCCCAAGACGCCCCGCUGCAAAACGUCAUCCCGCUUCCCGAGACUAGGUCGCGGCCACCACCAGGAAACCAGACCCGAACCCCAGAGUGGUGACCUCUAGCACUUCUAGAUGUGUCCAUGAAGACUUUAAGGGACCAAAUCACUCUUACCUCACCUCACCUCAAGACUGCCACUAUGAGGCUUUUAUUUCUUACUAUGCUCAUUUUUUGUAGUAAAAGUGUGUGUAGUCACAGUGCCUACCGUGUAUAAUUACAGCUGUGUUGAUAGCUGCAUCAGUGUGCUUCGUCAUGAUGCCCGUUAGAUUUCAGCUAAUCACGAUUCACAAUCGGGCGGAACAUCGGCCUAAUAUUCGGCCAUUCAUUCUGCCCAAUUGGCUGGCAACCAGUCCAGGUAUCUCGUGUGGAGCGCCAGGUAAUGUGUUCUUUCUGAUUUUCCCUCCCAUAUUUAAUGAAUUUUCAACAAUUAGGGUUCUACACCACUGACACCCUAAGUAACCUUUUCCACAUCAUCAGAGCCAAGAAUCAUUCCCCAAGUACAAUGGCCUCUAUAAUGCCACGAGAGAAAGUCCCUAUUUGAAGAUUAGGGCUAAUGUUUCCUAGCAGGAUUUAACACAGCGGUGCAUUUGCAAAUGAAUGUCAUAAACACUUGAAGUGAAGCGGAGCUGUUUAUUAGGAGUGCAAGGAGAGUGCCCGUGACCCAACAAGUGUGUACAUAUAAUAGUGUGCAACUUGAAGCUUAGGGUCAAGACACCUUAGCUGCUCAAUAAAGACAAAUCAUAUUGGAAA